AUGGCCUCGUUUGAUCUCACCUUUGUGCAUCGCAAGCAAGAGCACACGAUCCAAGCGCUUUUACCCACCACCACCGUAUCGGAACUGCGUCAGGCAAUUCAAGAGCUCGUAUUCGUUCCUCGAGAUAAGCAAAAGCUGCUGGUACCACGAAGUGCAGCUAUCGCUGAUCUGAACAGCCACUGCGACGGAGAUGCCAACACGGAUCAGCGAACGCUUGCAGAGGUGGGACUCUCUAGCAGCCCCAGCACCAAGCUGACGGUGCUGGGACCCUCAUCGCAGGAGCUCGAGAGACUGUACCAAGACGAGAUCGAGCUGCAGAAACGCAAUGCUCCACGUCAAUACCAUCCAAGCCUGCUUCAUGGCACAAAGGCUCGCAAUACUUCACGGGCAGAAGCCACCGUCUCUCCGUUCGGAUCGGUCUAUGCGCAUCCGUCCACACCAGUCUCGUCGCCACUUCAUGGUAAGGUGAUCGACUACCUGACUAGGCUGAGUCGAGACCCAGGCAUCCUGCACAUUUGCGAGCUACAUCGAUUUCGCAUUGGCUCGCUCACUGAGCUGUUGCCAUGGGAGCAUCCAGGCCUUUUAGGUUUGAAUGAAAAUGCUGGUCAGCGCAUCUUGCUGCGAAUCCGUACCGACGAUGCUCAAGGAUUCCGAGACUACAAGACGACUCGUCGGGUGCUCGUGCACGAACUGGCGCACAACCGGAUCUCGGACCAUCCGCCCGAGUUCAAGAUUCUCAACAGCAAGCUGAAUGCGCAGAUAGAAGCAUUUGAGCGUGCAAAGCAGGACAGUACACAUUCGCUCGUCGAGGGCCAUGUGUAUGAGCCCUUGGCCCCGGCGCUUGCCCACGGUAUCAGCAACGGUCACCGACUAGGAGGCGGCACAAGCAAUCCAGAGGAUUCAGCCAGCGCAACAGAGCGUCGACAGCGUAUACUAGAAGCUACCAUGCGUCGACUGGAGCGCGAAGAGCAAGAAAUCGAACAAAGUUGCGGCAGUGCUGCCAAAGCUGCAUCUCAGAAUGGGCGCAGGACACCUAGAGCACCCUGA